CCUGGGACCCCAGAAGGGCUCUGGACACCACCAGGACACUGUCACCACGCCGUGUGGCAGGGAGCAGGUGGCACCAGUCUUAUGGCAGAAUGUGGGGGACACCGGGCACGGGGGCCCGGAGCAUCCGUCCCUACCAGUCCAGCGGGCAGUACCUGUACGCCAUGAAGGAGGACCUGGCAGAGUGGCUGAAGGAGCUCUACGGCCUUGACAUCGAGGUGGGCACCUUCUUGGAGGUGCUGGAGACAGGGGCUGUGCUGUGCUCCCACGCCAACCACGUCACCCAGGUGGCCGGGGAGUUCGCCCGUGCCUGCCCCGAAGUGGCCCGGCACCUCCACCUGCCCGCCGCGGGUGUCACCUGCAACCUCACAGCACAGCCAGGCACCUUCCAGGCCAGGGACAACGUCUCCAACUUCAUCCAGUGGUGCAGGAAGGAAAUGGAUAUCAAAGACGUCCUGAUGUUCGAGACAGAGGACCUGGUGCUGAGGAAGAACGAGAAGAACUUCGUGCUGUGCCUGCUGGAGCUGGCACGCCACGCUUCCCGCUUCGGAAUGCGCGCCCCGACCCUGGUGCAGAUGGAGGAGGAGAUCGAGGAGGAGCUUCGGCAGGAGCUGGACCUGCCUCCCACAGACCCCGCCCUGCCCCGGCCCCCCAGGAGACCACGGGACCUCAACAACCUCGACCAGAUGGUCCAGCACCUGGUGAGCCGCUGUACCUGCCCUGUCCAGUUCCCCAUGAUCAAGAUCUCCGAAGGGAAAUACCGUGUGGGGGACUCUGACACCCUCAUCUUUGUCCGGAUCCUGCGGGAGCACGUCAUGGUGCGGGUCGGGGGCGGCUGGGACACGCUGGAGCACUACCUGGACAAGCACGACCCGUGUCGCUGCACGUCGCUCUCUCACAAACAAGCCUGGAAAGCGCGGAGCCCGCAGCAGCCAGUGCAGCACGAGGUGCGGCUGUGCCCGGCCCCGAGGGCGGCUGCCCGCAGCCCCCAGCCCGCGCUGCUGGUCAGCCGCUCCCAGAGCCCCCUGCCCCCCGUCACCUGGGGGGCUCGUGUCCCCCAUGGCCCCCGGUCCCCUGCCACCUCCUCGCCAGAGGGCUCGGGUCUCCAGCCGGGUGCCAGCCCUCACCCGGAGCCGGCGCAGCCCCGGAGGGUCCCUUCGGGCAGGAUGCGGGAGCCACCCGCUGUCCCUUUGGGGAGGCAGCCGCCACCAUCCCGGUCACCUGCUCGAUCCAGCUCCCCUGGGCACGGGGCGAGGGGCCGGGCACCCGUCCCUUCCCGGCUCAGCUUCCCGAACGGCGCGGGGGUCCCGCAAGGGACCAGCCCAGGGAAAUCCACCCCUGUGGCAGCGGCACGGGGCAGGUCCGCAGCACCCAGCCCGCGGACGGUACCGGCACCUCCGAGAAGCACCCAGCAAGGAGGAAAAUCAUCUGGGCUGGCUGCCAGGCCACAGGAAACGGGGACACCCACCACAGCGACACCCCGAGCCCCCAGUCCCUUAAAAGUCCGUGCCCCCAGUCCCCUAAAGGUCUGUGCCUCCUCCUCGCAGCGGGAUGCUCCGGGAGACUCCCAGAGCCUGAAGAGCCCACGGGAAGGGAGGCAGGGAGCCCUUGGCCGGGGCCGACAGCCCUCACCCCGAAAUUCCUCCAGCCACCCCCCGAAACUGGACAGCAGCGUUAAACCCCGCAGCAAAGCCAGCCCGGCCGCCUCCCGGCCCCCCACCCCUCUGGGCCGUUCUGCAGGGGGGUGCAAGGUCUGUGCUGCUGGGGACAAUCCCCAGGGGACACGGCAGUGCCACCCAGCCCCGAACCCAGAGGCUGGGGGUGCUGAGGGACCUCGGGUGCCAGAGGAUGAAGCCGGGGGAGCCUGUGGCCCUGGCAAUGAGGCCGAGGGGCUCCGGGGGUGCUGUAGGAGCACGCAGCCCCCCGGCUACGACAGGGUGCUGGAGGAGCUCUCCCGCGGGCGGCAGCCCCUGCGCCCCGUGGGGAUGCGGAGCCAGGUCCCCAAAACACCCGCAGGAGCUGUCCCGCAGCUCCCAGCCCCGGGGGAGGCAGAGCAGCCGGGGGUGGGGGGCCAGACCCCACGGGCACCCAGGGCCAGCAACGUCGCCAAGCCCCGGCGGUGCCUGAAGAAGCCCGAGCGUGUGCCCUCCAUCUACAAGCUGAAGCUGCGGCCCAAGGUGCGUCCCCGGCGGGACCACAGGCCGGGCAAGCGCCCCUCGCGCAUCCCCACCCCGCUGGGGCAUCGCCCCCCUGCCCCCCGGGGCCAGCACCGCCCCCCGGGGCCCCCCCGAGCCCCCCAGACCGGCAGCACACGCCCCACGGCCAAGUCAUCCCUGGGCGACAGCGGCACCUGCCUGACCGAGGAUGAUGAGGAGUCGUGGGUCUGAGCCCACCCCGAGAGUCGGUGGGACAGACGGACGGACAGACCCCUCCCUCCAAAGGUGGGAGCGAUGCUGAAGCUGAAGCUGGAGCUGCAGUGCCCGAGGUUUCCCGGGGCAGCACGAUGGAAUCGCUCCCGCACAACCCGGGGGGUUCCACCUCACUUUUCAGAGCUGCACCCCCUCCUUCCCAAUGGAUUUUGUCUGUACUGGUAAUCCUGCUAAGCAGACACUUUUGUACUGGUUUGGGUGGAAAAAUCCAGCCCCAGAUUGAGAGAAUGGGAUAUUUUCUGCAGGGGGAAGGGUUUAGCACCCCUGAAGGGGGGACACCCCAUCCUUGACAUCCAUAAAAAACAUCUCAUACCUCAGUGCUCCCCAUCUGCACCAUGGGACCAGUGAGCCUCGUGUCUGACAGCUCCAAGAGCCUUCAUGAGCCCCUCAGGUGGGGGGGUCACGGGAGGGGACCCUUGCUGACCCCCGUGGUGGGGGGGGGGGGUGAUGGAUGUCACUGAAGGUCACAGCAGGCACUGCUGCACCCCCAGCCCCCAGCCAUGGACCCAGCAGUGCUGUUAGUGCAAUAGAGAUGUGCCAAAGCUCUUCCAUUUCCUCAUCUUUUCUGUGUGGGUGGGGAGGGAGGGAGGAUAAUCCUGAUGUGGGCACAGCAAACGUCCCUCUGAGAACCCCACGAUGCCCAAGAGAGUCUCAUUUUCCAUGAGAGGAUGAAGUCAGCCCCACUUCCCCGCUGAGGAG